AAAAAUGAUAUUGGAUAUUAAGUUUGGCGGGCCUGUCAAAAUGCUGCAGUACAUUUCCGUUUUGAGUAUAAAAUCAUCAGUGAUAAUACAUAAAUUGUGGUUUAAAUGAAGCGAAAACACACAGAAAAGUCUAGUUAUCUAUCAUCACCGGUAACACAAGCAGCAACAGCAAUACAAGAUGAUCUUAGUGAUGUUAGCGAUGAUUUUGAAGACACUUAUAAUACAAAGAUAGCAAGUCUACAAUCACAAUUAGAUGAAUUAAAUAAUAAAACUCAUCCUGAGUAUUUAAAAAUUCGUCGAGAAAUUGAAAACUGGCAUCAAGAACAGAGGCAGCGUAUUCACUUUCUACAGGAACAUAAGCUUGAUAUAAUCUAUCGUGAGUAUAAUAAAGAAGUGGAUACAUGCGAUCAAGAGUGUGAGCAUGAAAAACGCAGAAUUCAAAAUUAUUUAAUCUCAUUAUGUGAAGAAUUGAAAAGACGCUUGGAGCAUGAUAAAAAGAAUAUUGAAUUAACUCCAAGUGGAGAUGUCCUCGAAUUCAAACCUACUGUCACUCGGAAACUAAGACGACGUGCUGGUGGCGGUGGCGGUGGUGGGGGUGCUGGUGGUGGCGGCGGCAGCAGCAGCGGCGGGGGAGCAGGAGGAGGAAAUUGUGGCGGUGGCUCUUGUGGUGGCGCUGGGAGCGGUGGGGGUGGUGGUGGUGGGGGCGGUGGUGAUGGUGGCGGAGUUGACGGUGGAAAUGAUGUAAUCCCUUCAAAUCCUGGUAACUUUAUGUAUUGGGGGGAUUUACUACUCUGUGGUGGUGGUUCACGAUGGCCAAUUAACUCAAAUUUGAACUCAAAAUUACAGCGAUCUGAAUCCAGCGAUAUGCGUAGUCCUGUUACAAAUAAUGGUGAAGAAAAUCCUGAUCCUGGCCAGCCAUCCUUAUCAUCACCAAAUGGAGAGAAUGAAUCGAAAGAGACUCCUGAGAAGGAAAAACCAGUGACAACCAGUAAUACACGUAGUGGUAAUAGUAAUAAUGGUAGUUGUAGUAAUACUAUCCCAUCAGUAUGUGAAUCAUCGACAACGGCGUCGACGACUACCACUACUACUACUACUGCCAGUAGUAGUAGUGGCAGUAAUACCACGGCUACGCAUACAACGUCAGUGACGACCACUUCGUGCAAUUCAAUCUCUAAGACCAAUAUAUUUGGAAGUUUAGGCUUAAAUCUAUACGAUGGAAGCUUACUAUCGCAUUUACUAGCUUUUAUGAAUAGUAAUAAUAGUAAUAAUAUCAAUAAUAAUAUUAAUAAUAGUAAUAUCGCAUUAUCCUUUGCCAAUUUCUAUGCUAAUCCGUCAUCCUCUGUUGGUGUUGGUGUUGGCGUUGGUGGCGCUGGUGCUAGUGCUGGUUGUUCAUUAGAGACUCCAAGUAGCGGCAACAGCAAUAGCAUCGCCGUCAGCGGUAGUACUACUAGUAGUACUAGUACUAGUAGUAAUAAUAAUAAUAAUACUAGUUGUGUUAAUUCAACAGCCGUUGUUGCAAACGGUGUUACCCUCCCAUCGAAUAAUGGGAUUGUUGUUAGUAAUGGCGUUGGAGGUGGAGGUGUCGGUGUCGGUAUCGGUGGUCUAUCCAAUAGUGUUGUUGGCCUGUCGUCAGUUGCUGCUGCUGCGGCCGCGGCUGCAGCUGCUAUCGGUUGUGGAUUCAUACCUUCAAUCAAUCACCUUCCUCAUCCUCAUCAUCAUAAUACACAUAAUAGUCCAUUGUCGUCUAUGCGUAAACGACGUCAUCAAAAUAAUGCACCGAAUGCACAACUGAAUCUUUUACUCCCUGAACAUGAUAUCUAUGCAGAUUUGACAAUUAUUCAUAGAGCAUGUUCAAAGGCGUCAAAUAUAACAAAUUCAUCGAAUGGAUUAUCGGGUAACAAUCGUAAACAUUCUUCACAUAUGAUAAACAAUAAUGGUUAUAACAGUCCAUUGAGUCCAAUGAGCAAAUGUUAUGAAGAUAAUUACAAUAAUAAUAAUAACAAUAACAAUAAUCUAAACGUAUGCAGAAAUGCUAAAGACUUACAUGGAGUCAAUUCAACUGGUGCAACUUUAUCCGCCUAUUCUACUUCAAUUGGUUCACCUAAUCCAUAUAAUGUGAAUGAUUCACCGACUACACGUAGUGGAACACGUAACAGCAGUAUUAAUAGUAGUGGUACAAUGUUUGGCAUUAAUCCUACCGGCGCCAAUAGCAACAAUAACAACAACAGUCCGUUGAGUACAUCAUCACUUUCUGUAUGGAUAGAUGAUGGAAGACUUUAUUGUGGGCAUAAAUGUUAUCAGAUUGGUGCACCGGUAAUCUUAGAAGGUCGUGACGGGUCAAGUCAUCGAUGUUCUGGUACUAUAGCAUCAAUUGGUGUACAAGAUAUAGCUAUUCGGAGAAGUUCGGAUCAUGGUAUAUGUCGUGUAACAGUUCAACAAUUGAAACAAGGUAGAUAUGCUUUAUGGCCAAAUAAAACAGAAUAGAUUGAAUUUGUUUGUACACAACAAAAUUAUAAAUAUAAAAUAUAUGCAAUAAAAUAAUACAUUUGUGUAAUUAAUUUUUUUUUUUUACUUUUGAAUACAGUGACAGUUAGA